AUGGGCCACCGACCCGCUCGAUGUUACCAGUACUGUAAGAACAAACCUUAUCCGAGGUCUCACUUCUGCAGAGGUGUCCCUGAUGCCAAGAUCCGCAUCUUUCAUCUAGGUUGGAAGAAGGCAAAAGUGGAUGAAUUCCCACUUUGUGGACACAUGGUGUCUGAUGAGUAUGAGCAGCUCUCCUCAGAAGCCCUAAAAGCCGCCCGUAUCUGUGCCAACAAAUACAUGGUGAAAAGCUGUGGUAAAGAUGGCUUUCAUAUCCGAGUGCGGCUGCAUCCUUUCCACGUAAUUCGCAUCAACAAGAUGUUGUCCUGUGCUGGAGCUGACAGACUGCACACCGGAAUGCCAGGAGACUUCGGGAAGCCUCAGGGUACUGUCGCGAGAGUCCACAUCGGCCAAGUGAUCAUGUCGAUCCGUACCAAGCUUCAGAACAAGGAGCAUGUGAUUGAGGCCCUCCGUAGAGCCAAGUUCAAGUUCCCUGGACGCCAGAAUAUCCAUAUCGCCAAGAAAUGGGGCUUUACCAAAUUUAAUGCUGCUGAAUUUGAAGGCCUCUUGGCGAAGAAGCACCUCAUCUCCGAUGGUUGUGGCGUCAAAUACAUCUCCAGUCGUGGUCCCCUGGGCAAACAGCAGGCCUUACAUUCCUGA